AUGAUGUAUUUGUGGUUGAUUUCUGCCCUCGUCUACUGCGUCACAUCGAUUGGGGCCAGCUCUUCCUUCGGUGCUCAGCCAGUACGAUGCUACGACUGUCGGGCGGACGAUGCGACGUGCAAUGUGGGCGAGUGUCAAGGUGUGAUAUGUGUCAAGAUGGAGACUAGCAACAUGGAUAAUGGUGGGUAUGGGUGGGUAUGAGUGGGUAUAGAUGGGUAUGGGUGGGUGUGAGGUGACUGAGGGUUGGCAAGGCAAGGUGGUUAAUGCAGGUAAUAAAAGGUCUAAAAGUAUAUAUUACUGUUGACUUUUAGAUUUUGACCUUUAAAGUAUUUUUAUUAAAAACAUUUUACAAAAGAUAAGUUACUUUCGUCUGCAGCCUGCGGUGACGUUUUAUACGAUGGAAUUAAUUUUAAUUAUUUUAUUUAAAUAUUUUUAAAAACAAUUUAUAACUAGUUAGAACAAAUAAUAGUUGAGCAACAAUCAAAUCUAAUGCCAAUAAAUAUACAACAAUAAUAUAUGUAAAGAUCUAUACAUAACAUAACAACAACCACAUAUUACACUACCCAUUUCAGACAGGAAAACGGUGCACAAGACGUGCUCCGACGAGUACGAGACGACCCAAUGUAAACAGAGUGGCUUCGGCAGUAAACUGAUCACCAGGUGCACUUGCGAAGGCAACUUCUGCAACGGCGACGACCAUCUGAACGCCGCAGGGUUACAGCCGGCUGCCUCGUCGACGUCCUCAGUCUUUCCGAUUACCGUACUCGUCUUAACGAUAUGCAGGUUACUGUAA